AUGGAUAACCGCGGUUCUUUCUUCUUCUUUCUGCUGGUUUUUUACCUACUUCUCAGCUCCCAGUCGCGUCCUCCGUUGAUUGAUGAGGAUCGUGAGCGUCAGCGCGAGCUCGAUCGAGAACGACAUGCGCUACAACUGUUGAACGAGUCGAAGUAUGGGGAUUUCGAUCCACCAGCAGAUCGAUGGCUUCCUUUCGCCGGAGUACGGAAGAACGACAGCUACGCAUGGGAAUUGUUUCCACAAGUUCAAGGCCGCGUGCGCCAUCAGUUACAAUCUGCGGUCUCCAAUGCGGGGCUCCAACCUCCGAGUGGUUUAGAUGAUCCCAACUUAUCGUCACCCUUGAAUCUCACCAAGCUGUUCCUCCCGGUAUAUCGCAAUGUUACAGGAAAAUUACGAGGUGACUGGGUACGAAGGCCGGAUGUCCAACGCCAAACGCCUCUCAACAAAACCGCGAUUGCCCUGGAGCACGAAUACUAUGACACCGAGUUUGCCUCGAACAUCACGGGCAACGGAGGCACUCUUUAUUUCGAUAUUGAAGAAGGCGGUGGCGAGGAGCUUCGUAUUGGAGAGGGCCUUGUCCGUGAGAUACGGGCCAGUCUGACGGUCGAAAGCGAUGACUUCUGGGGAAGCAACUGGUACUUUUCGUUGUUCGGUGUGCACUUUCCCGAAACCGGAGGGAUACUGUUGAGUACCUCCAGCGAGAAAUUUGGCGGCAUCUUUUCUUUGCCACAUUUUGCCCUUUCUCCUGAUACGUAUGAGCUGUCCCACAGCCUUCUCGUCAAGUCGCUCUCAGACUCCAUUUCAGAAAAGCAGAAUAGGCUUCCAACUUUUCUUCCAUGGUCCAUCUUGGCAGGAACCGAACAGAUCGAGUUUCCAGCGCCGAAAUGCGAGCAUAUCAUUUUCCUCCAGCAACAUCCCGUCAUGAUUGAUGAAAAGGUCGCGGACCGAUUGUUGCUAGAGCGAAUGGAACAAGAGCUCAGGUACCCCAUGGGAGCCCCAAUUCCCGACCCGCCUUUAAUGGUCAUGUCGACGGUCGUCUUUUCUCCAGACUGCGGGUACAUACUCGAGUCUAAAGGCACCCCUGAAUUCCCACCCUCCGAUUCACUGUACCUAACAGGACCGAAAUACGAGGAGUACGGUAAAUAUGCCGCGCGUCUUAUAUUUGUUGUUUCUGGCGUAUUUGUUGGGCAGAUCUCCCUUCUGCUUCGUCAGAUCAAAGAGGCUUCGACUCCGUCCACAAGGAGUCGUGUUAGUUUCUAUACCAUUGCAUUGAUGGCGCUUGGAGAUGGAUUGGUACUUACAUUCAUUGUGUUGGAGCUUUAUGCCGCUGUAUCUUUCUUGGUACUGUCAACUGCCCUGUUUUUGGCAUUCCUUUCUGUCAGUUACAUUGGCAUGAAAUUCAUGAUGGAGAUAUGGGCCGUACAGGAGCCGGAGAGACGUGAAGAACGGCCAGUCAACCCGCCGACUCCUAUUACCCGUCCGGGAACACUGCCGUUGCCUGCCACUGCUGCCAUUCGGGACACUGGUGCUACCCCGAUUAUUCUGACGCCGGAUCAAGACCCUCCUGAAGAUGAUUUGGAGCCACCGGCUGCCAACAAUCGAACUACUGCGCCCACGCCAGCACAGCUUCGCACCGACGUGGGCUCCAUGUAUGCGCGCUUUUAUCUCGCGUUCUUCGGAAUGUUCAUCAUGUCUAUCUGGGCUUUCCUCCUACCCAGGAGGUUAGGUGCAAUCUAUGCGCGCGUCCUAGCCGCGGUCUAUCUUUCAUUUUGGGUCCCACAAAUCUAUCGCAAUGUCAUGCGAAACUGUCGCAAGGCUCUGAGGUGGGAUUUUGUGGUUGGUCAAAGCAUCCUGCGGCUAUUUCCUUUCAUAUACUUUCUUACGGCUCGCGGAAACGUCUUGUUCAUCCGUCCUGAUUGGACUACCGCCUUUAUCAUGGUCGGAUGGGUGUGGGUUCAAGCUUGGAUCUUGGCCAGCCAGGACGUUCUAGGCCCGCGAUUCUUCGUUCCUCGCGGUUGGGCACCUCCUGCCUACGAUUACCACCCAACACUGCGGGAUACCCCCGGGUCUGCCGAGGAUCUUGAAGCUGGGGGCAUUCUAUCCAUUGCAUCGCUCCGAGCCGAUGAACGUGAUCUGGUGACCGACACGAAGGAUGAUGACAAGCACAAGUCCAAGGAUCGCAAGAAGGUUGUAUUUGACUGUGCCAUUUGCAUGCAAGACAUUGAAAUUCCCGUGCUCUCGGCGCCGACUUCUGCAGGCGGAAGCAGCGUUGCUGAGGGCGCGUCCAAUAUUUUGAGUCGCCGGACAUACAUGGUUACCCCUUGUCGGCACAUAUUCCAUACUACUUGUUUGGAGAGCUGGAUGAGGCUACGUCUUCAGUGCCCGAUUUGCCGUGAAUCGAUCCCCCCUGUAUAG